AUGAAAUCAAAUAAUUACAGACAAAUCACAGAAUUUGUUCUUUUGGGAUUUUCAGAUUAUGCAGAACUUCAGCCUUUGCUGUUUGGUAUUUUCCUGUCCAUGUACCUGGCCACUGUGUUAGGGAACCUGCUCAUCAUCCUGGCCACAGUGUCAGACUCCCACCUGCACACACCUAUGUGCUUCUACCUCUCCAACCUCUCCUUUGUGGAUAUCAGUUUCACCUCCAACACAGUGCCAAAGAUGCUGGUGAACAUCCAGACUCAGAGCAAAGUCAUAACUUAUGAAGGCUGCAUCACUCAAGUGUAUUUUUUUGUACAACUUAUAACAUUGGACAACUUUUUGUUGAGUGUGAUGUCCUAUGACCAUUAUGUGGCCAUCUGCCACCCUUUGCAUUACACGGCCAUCAUGAACCCCCAGUUUUGUGUGUUGCUGGUUCUACCAUUAUGGAUCCUGAAUGUCCUAAAUGCUCUGUUACACAGCUUAAUGGUAUUACAGCUGUCCUUCUGCUCUGACUUGGAAAUCCCACAUUUCUUCUGGGAACUUAAUCAAAUAGUACACUAUGCCUGUUCUGAUACCUUUCCUAAUGAUGUGGUGACAUAUGUUGCCAUUGCGCUGCUGGCUGCUGGUCCCCUUGCUGGCAUCCUCUACUCUUAUUUUAAGAUAGUUUUCUCCAUAUGGGCAAUCUCAUCGGUUCAGGGGAGAUAUAAAGCAUUUUCCACCUGUGCAUCUCACCUUUCAGUGGUCUCUUUAUUCUGUGGCACAAGCCUAGGUGUGUACCUUAGUUCUGCUGUCACUCAAAACUCAUAUGCAACUGAAACAGCCUAG